AUGCAGGUGACGGAGCGGGCGUUUAACAGCUGCAGCUUGACCGACCCCAUACGGAAGCUGGACGACGGCAACUCCCUCUUUAACCUGACGACCCCGGGGAACUACUACUUCACCAGCGGCGCCCCCAGCCACUGCGAGAAGAACCAGAAGCUGGCGGUUGCCGUCCCCUCACUAAACAACGGGACCUUCUUCCCGCCCGCCGUAGACUUCGCCGUCCCGCCGGCGGGGUCGCAGUCCUACCUGACCGUCUUCGGCCCUGCUCCGGCUCAGGGACACAGCGGCAAUCCGGCAGCGGCCGUCACGGCCAUGGGAUCCGUCGUCUCGGCCGCGCUGCUCCUCGGCGUGGCUUUCGCAUGACGCCGACGGAAAUGGAAUGGCAUUUUUGGAGUUAUGCUUGGUAGAAGCUUUUGUUUCUUUUUUCCUUUUUCUCUUUUAUCUUCUUUAUCUUUUGUC